UCGUUCACACAGUUGACAGUUUGCCCAAGCAAAAUCACAAAACAUUAUUUAAAAGACAAAAAUAUAUAUUAAGUAAGUAAGGAGAAAUUUAGUUCCUUUCCUCUUUGAGCGUCUAUUUGUUGUCUGGAGCUGGAAACAUGCGCAAACUACAGAUCCAAGUGCUGACACGCGAUGGGCGCAAGACCAUCUAUGAGACGGAUCGCUCCCGCAAUGUGGGCGAUCUGAAGAAGUACAUUGGACGCUGCCUGAACGUGCCGAUGUCCUUUAGCCGCUUGGUCUACAAGGGGCGACUGCUGUCCAACAAUUGCAUACUGGAGGAUGAGGGCGUGAAGCGCAUGUCGACGCUGGAUUUGUUCUGGCAGCCGCUGGUGCUGACGCCCAAGAAGUAUCGCGAGAAGGAGCUGGAGCUGGACAAGCUGGAGCAGAAGCAGCGCCAUCUCUCGCGCAUGGAGCACUUCGAGCAGCUGCAGCUGAAUGCCGCCAAGAAGGCUGCGGCCAUACACGAGCGCUCCAUUAGCAGCGCCCGAUCCAUCAAGGAGCAGGUGUCAGUGGGCGUGGGCCCAGACGUGAGCGUGGAGAUGAAGCGUUCGCUGAGCGUGGACAACUUGCAGGUGGCCGCAAGCAGCAGCGUCGUCGUCCCGAAGCUGCCACCGUGUCCAGAGCCUACUAAGGAGGAGAAAUCUUCGGAGGAUGAUGUGGACUUUAUGAGUAACUACUGGUGUUGCCCACAGAACAUACAAUUGAUAGGCCCCAAGUCGGAGAGCUUGACGCCCGCCGUGGCCUUUAAGUUCAACUUUAUGAGCAGCGUCAACGAAUGCCGCAAAGACAAGAUUCCCAUUGAUAAGGACUUCGAUGAGUUGCUUCUGCUGCAGCGACAACAACAUGGACAUGGACAUGGACAUGGAGGCAGCAAGCAGCGCACGAGCUUGCGCCUAACGGCCGGACAAAUGUGCCGCAGCGUUGUGCCCAAUCUGAAGAAAUAUCGCAAGUCUCCCAAGAAGUAACACUGGCCUUAAUACAAAUGUGAUUGAUUUAAAUUUAAUUAACAAUAUAUGCUAUAAAUCGAAACGGGCAAUAAAACUAAACUAAUAUAU